CCGACCCGCCGCCGUCAGAGUGGUAAGGGGGCCUAGCUUUACUCCUGCCGCUUUAAGCAUCUCACUAAUAGCAUCGCUUAGGAGCCUCUGCCUUACCACAAAGGAGCCGCGACUUGUAUGACCAGGUCUUAGCCACGAGGGGGUAUGCAACUCAACACGACUUUCUUUGGUAGAUAUACCUGCUAAGACGCCUAACGACAGAGAACUACCACGUUCCCAGCCAACUCUACCGUCGCCCGAGUAUGCAAAUUCUCCCAGGUAUCAGGGUAAUCAUAGCCUUCCCUUCCAGGCCCCUAACGAGCAGCCCCCAGUACCAAUUCAACAACCUAGUGCCACCCAUCCUGGCGGUAACUAUACUCUCGGGCAGGGCCACUUCAUGAGCCAGCCUCAGUCAGCACAUGCCAAUAUAUCUCAUACUGGUCAUCACCUACCUUCCUUGACUAGCCAUGGCACCGGAGGCGGUCAGGGUUACAUUGGUUGUCUACCUCAUCCACAAAGUGUGGACAAUGUGACAUAUGCGCUUUCCAAAGCCACGAUUGGGCCACCUUCUCCUGGAUCUCCUGUGUAUACCAGAGACAAUAAGGGGUAUUCAUCGGCCAACAAUGCCACGAGUAACGGACAAUUCACUCACCAGAAUAUUCCCCCGCCUGUCAGUUCCGGUCCUACACCCAGUGAACCGCUUGAUAGUCGUUACAGAGUGCAGGAACAUCCCAGGACGUUUUUCAAAGUUGGAAGAGUUUUUGCUGUCGUCUGGCACGAGGGCAUGGGGAAUGCAGCGCCUCUGAAAGGGGGUACCAAAAGCCAUGCAAGUGAUCGUGAAUUGAUAACUGAGGGAAAGUUCGGCGCCAAGAUCUUCACUGAUAUCCGCCGCAUGGUAGUCUUCAAGGAACAAGCUCAGUGUGCAUGGUGCUUCCCGGUGCACACCUACAGCCGUCUGGGCGUCGCCAAAGCGAGUGUGGAUCCCUCGAAACAUGCAAUCAUCUAUAUAAAAGGCACACGACCGGCGUACGGUCCCAACGAGCCAAAAAUGACAAAGGACCCCCUGGAGGUAACUCCUGAGCCGUAUCAAAAGCUACACAUGAUGUCUCGAUUGAACUUUGGUAAAAUUUAUACAGUUGAACAUAACCAAAGGGUUCUUCCCGUUGGGAAUAUCAGCGAGGAAUCCAUGGCCAAGUUCCAUUUAUAUGCGAAAAGGGAAACCGAACUUGGCUACUAAGGGACCUCCAAUGGAGAACCUCGCAUGUGGUUCAGCGGCAAUCUUUGCUUCAUCUUCGUCCUUUCUGUUAUUUUGGCUACGAUCAUUGGCUUUCUUGCGAGUUCUUCUUUGAUAACCACAUUGUCGACCCCUUCCAUUAAACGAAUGCAAUUGCUCGAAUGGCCUGCUGAUAUGUGUUAAGGCAAACCUGAUUUGCUACUCCCAUUGAUACGUUAUUUAUUGCUAUGCAUCAUAUCUUCAACAACCUCGUCGCAUUCAAUUUUCUUUCUCUAUCGUGCUACACCACUAGGGAUUAACUUAUGGCAGCCGUGCUCAACCAUGGCCCACGAGUGUAUCUGUUGUGUUAAUGGAUGCAUAGCAUGAUGAUAUAUUACUAUUACGCCUUCCUUUGUGAGAUAAUACGAGACUUCCGAUGAUUGUACCCUCACAUGUUGAAACCAUCGUUAGUUUACUGAUUUCUGUUACAAACUCAUUUCUAUCGACUUGAAGUUGUGAAAUGUUAC